CGACACUGCGAAUCACAGCAAAGAAGGAGAAUCUCAGCGAACUAUGGAGCCAGACGUCCCCAUUGCUCGACGUCUAGACCCUGAGCUAGUUAACGCUGCAACCUCAUCACCAAACGUUGACCGCCGAGGUGCUACUGCUUCUCCCCAUAGACAAUGGGAUAUUGAUGUGCAAGAAGAUGCUCUACCUGCUGCACGUGUUCCGGAGACAGUCUUCCCUAGUUGCAGCGGUGGUAUAAUGGAGGGGCAUUUCGCCUGGGAGCCGUACGAAAAGAAGUCGCAAGAUCUCAUACGGAAAGAGUGUAGUUUACGUGAAAUCAAACUCAACACUAGAACAAACAAGGCGGAUAGGAUCAGGUGUCUUCGGCGCUACGACGAGCUAAUGAACAGCGGACAAAGUGCUUCGGCAGCUUCAACAAUGGCUGCGGGGGGAACACGGCGAACGAAGCACUGCACGUUUCGUUUAGCUAAUGCUGUGCUAUCCGAUAACUUGUUCAUGAGGCUUAUUGAAGCUACAGGAAGAAGCUUUAAUCGAACUGACUUGGAUGACGUUCAGUCUUCAGCGAAAUCUCAGUUUUGGCGCGACGUGGCUACUGCGUAUCACUCAAAUGACGAGGUCUUUCGAGGGCUUAUCGAAGAUGAUUCUGCCUUUGAAGAUAUCGAUCCUGGCGUCAUUGUUCCUCACAACCCAGCUAAGCUGGAGGAGCUUUGGAAAGAACUGACUUCGUUUUUUAGCAUUUGCGCGGCAAAUUUCCGUUUAUCUGGAACUCACGAACAGGAGUUCAAGCAGUUUGUGCAUGGCAAAAUGGACGUACUGUAUUUAUGGUACUGGUUGAAGGUGAGUCUAUAG